CCAGAUGCCAAGACUGUCAGAGCGGGCGUUGCCGAACAUCACUGAGCUCAGUCAUCAUCCAAGACUUAGUCUUCCCUGUUUCCCGGGCAUUGCAGUUGACGAUCCUGCCUCUGGAGUCUGUAGAGGUCAUUUUCAGCUCAGCACAUCUGACUCCUGAGCAAGAAAGAAAGAGCAUAAUGCACGCCGCAGCCGCCUGUUAACGUCUAACAUUCAAGCAGCGCGCCUGACGCAUCUUGCAAGCUGCGGAGCUGCGAUAAAAGCCGAAGUGGCGCUGCUACUUAACGUUUAAAGCCUGCGGAGAAACACCCAGGAUUUGAUUAUCUUGUAAAAAGCCUUGGGCUGGAAAACCAUCUUCCACAACACGCUGAUCUGGCUCAGCCCUCUCUUUCCUAAGCAUCGGCGUUCAAGGGAUCAUCCGGGGCGCCAGUUGAUUGCCAACCCCAAACGACCGCCGCUCUGCCCAUCACACUUUAGAGAUGUCGCUGGACAUUGACAGCACUUGAGAAACGCUGCAGCUGGCAGGGGUGUAAGAUAAACCAUGGCUCCUAAUGCAGAGAUCGCGGCCAGCUCUCCAGUAGCUGGGAUUCCACAGUUUUCCUGUGGAGCCAGCUCAAACACUUCGGCGAGUGAGCUAGAUCUUCUGUCGUCCAGCUGUAACGAGGAGCCCCAGGCGGCAAGCAGCGGAGGGGACGUUCUUUUCCAAACCGUUUCUGACUGUGGUGGCAAAGCGCCCGUGCCGAAGUGUGAGGCGAAUCAUCCUACGACAUGCGGCAGCAGCCCUCCUAACGCCAGCAGUAUUCCCUUGCCAGGAGUCAACGAGAAGGUGUAUCUUCGAAAGUCCCCCGUCGAGGGCUUUGGGCUGGUGGCCAGGGGCGCUAUCGAAAAAGGAGAAACUGUAUGGAAAGGUCCAAGCGCGAUUAGCGUGACAAUUACUACGGCAGCCAUUCAAGCAAUGAGCCGAGAGCAACAAGAGCACGUGUUCCACUACUUUUAUCAGGUUAGCGAAACUGAGUUCAUUGGCCCCCCCACUGAGGCCGACGUGUGGCGGGACGGGAACGUCUUUACGAACCAUAACUGCGAUCCGAACAUCGGCUGGGUGUCAACUUUCGAAAUGGCGGCCACUCGCGACAUCCAGGCAGGCGAAGAGCUGACGUUCGACUACGCCACUUCCGAGACGUGGGAUAUCCACCCCCCCUUGAAAUGUUGCUGCGGCUCCGCUCGCUGCCGGGGGAUCAUCCGCUGGAGCGACUACCUGCUGCCGGACGUCCGCGACCGGCUAGGCGAAUUUUACAUACCAUACGUAAAGGCCAAGCUCGCGUCCGUAGAAAAAACUAGAGAGGGGCGAUCAGAUUCUGAGGCGCACGGGGCCAGGCCGAAUUUGGAGCUUAUCAACGUGGCGGCAGCUUGACGGAUGACGUGGCCACUUAACGACGGAGAGAUAUCUGACGGAGCCUUUUCUGAGGGCCCUUCAGCUUCGGUUGGCCGAGCUAGUCACAGAGGCUGUUGACCUAGAGGGCUUGCGUCUGGUACUCUGAUCUUUCAUGAGAAGAGACUCAGUCGCUCACCGUACGUGACUUUGAACAGAUGUGGCCUGAGCACUUUCAUACGAAGACGGCUGGCAAGGCACGCUGAAGACUCAGUUCUGUCGGAUAACGUGUUUACGUCCUCGGGGAACUCAUCAUGCAGUUGAAACCCUCAGAAAUGAUUGCACCGGAUCGAGGAAGCUUUACAUGCA